GUCUAUAUAUAUAUAUAUAUAUACAUAAAUCCUUCGGAGUAUAGUAAUAUAUGAUGCCCGGUUGCAGAAAGCGGUGUCGACUCUCGACCCAUUAACCAACGACGUCACGCGAGAUCCCUGCGAAAAAACGGGCCCCCUCUCUCGUGGGAAGAUAACCGGACCACCAGAAUGAUCUCACCGAGUUGCACCUAGAAAAACGACACCGCAGCAAUCAGAUACACAUUUGACUACAUAGUUUUGUCUCUCUCCUUCUCCUCUCUUCGACUGGUCGGGUUUUCGUAUGGAUUGUGCAGGCCGGCCUGCACGUGGUUGCAUCAAUGAUGCGCUCCAGGCCCGCGGCGUCCUCUCUGCAGAAGACGUACGAUGAGUGCUAUCUCAUGUGCUCUACUGCCGUUUACUUUGAGGGGCAGAAUAAUGAAGAAGAGGCUUUGAGGUCAUGGCGGAACGCCCUCGAGACGAUAUACUACCACAAUGCUUACCGGGUCCCGGCGACGUAUGUUGCCAAAACGGAGACGGAGAAGGCCCUGCAGGAUUCCAUCCGAGCCCUGGAGGUGCAGUGUCGAGAACGAGUCGACCUGCUUGAAGCACUACGGGAGAGUCGAAGGGAGGCACAAGAGAAAGAAGGCGGUGAGGCGGCCGGGGGCAAGAGGGAGGGCGUCUUGAAGGGGAAGAAUACAAUCCAGAAAGCUGUUGUUGUUGCUGCUUCUGCCGCUGCUGCUGUCAGUGCUGCUGGGGCUGGUCCUACUGGUGCUGGUGCUGGUGCCGGUGCUUCCCCGGGAUGGAUUGGUGAUGGCACGAUCCCGGCCGUCGACUACGAUGACCUCUCCAAGCCGCAGACCCUGCCGGGACGACCACCGCCCGUGGUAUCCAAGAGGAGCUCCGAAUCGAUUCAGAAUACCACUAAUGCCGCUGAUGAAGGAAGGGGUGCGUUCUUGGAGUCGUCGAAUGCCCCCGCCCUGCGUGUGCAGUCGAAUAACUCGUCGGGCAAAUCCCGUGGCUCCAGCCCUGAUAGACGCAAGCCGAUGUUGACCACGUUGCGCAGCGCGGAUGCGAAGAAGCAUAUCAAAAAGAAGGACAGCCCGAAACGAAAGGACCUGCGGCCGGCCGCAUCCAAGGCGGCCGGCCUGGCCUGGGGUAGUCUGUAUCCGUCCCCGCCGAUGGAGAAGUCCGCCAGUGAGGCAGCGCUGGCGUCUUCCCACCAUAGCGUUUCCAGCGAUUCUGGUCCAACCCGCAGCAGAGAUCAAGACCAAAAAGCCCGGUCAAGUGAUGAGAAACCGAGGAAGAAGGUUGCCGGUCGAGCGGAAGACCCGGACGACAGCAUCCCCAGCUGGAACUGGCGGGAGCCCAGUAGUGCGCUGCACCGCUCCGCUCGUCGGACAUCCUCCACUAUGACGCCAAUCCCGCAGCCAUCAACCCCCCGGUCGGAGGGCCGUCGUGGAUCCGCAUCGUUCCCGUACGCGAUCGAUACCACUCCCAAGGAGCAUCGUUCUAUCCCUAGCCCUUCCCCCAGACCGACGAUCAAGCCGAAGCCAGUUGCCCUGAGAUCUCCGAAGCAACCAUCCAGCCGAAGAUCACCAACCUUGCCGGCAGAGAAUAGUGUUGAUGCCGGCUACCGUGUGCGUUCAUCUAGCAAGAGCCAGACGAACCACACAACCACACAACGCAGUGCACCGGGCGACAGCAGGAAGCCAGAUGAGCUAACUCCUGCGGUCCGGAACUUGUCUCUUGCGAAUCCGAAGCAGAGUAGCAGCAGCACUGGGACGCCUCGGCGCAGUCCGCAGGCCAAACCCAAGAUCACGCCGCCGUCCAGUGACCAGGAGUCAUCUGACCGGGGGGAAUCGUCGGAUGAAGGGGAUGGCGACAUCUUCAAGAUCAUGCAGAAACUGCCCAAGGGGGUGGAUAUAGCUGCUGCGCGGCAGAUCCUCAACGAUAUUGUCGUGCGCGGCGACGAGGUGCACUGGGACGAUAUUGCGGGACUCGACGCCGCAAAGAAGGCCCUCAAGGAAGCGGUCGUCUACCCGUUCCUGCGCCCGGACCUGUUCUCGGGCCUACGGGAACCGGCGCGCGGGAUGCUGCUCUUCGGCCCGCCCGGCACGGGCAAGACGAUGCUGGCGCGCGCCGUCGCCACGGAGUCCAAGUCGACCUUCUUCUCCGUGUCUGCGUCGACACUGACGUCCAAAUGGCACGGCGAAAGCGAGAAGCUGGUCCGCGCACUUUUUAGCCUCGCCAAGGCCCUCGCGCCGUCGAUCAUCUUCGUCGACGAGAUCGACUCGCUGCUCUCUUCGCGAUCCUCCGGCUCCGAACACGAAGCCUCGCGCCGCUCUAAGACAGAGUUCCUCAUCCAGUGGUCCGAUCUCCAGCGCGCCGCCGCCGGCCGCGAGAAGAAAGAAGGCGACGCUACCCGCGUGCUCGUCCUCGCCGCCACAAACUUGCCCUGGGAUAUUGACGAGGCCGCCCGCCGCCGGUUUGUCCGUCGGCAAUAUAUCCCCUUACCGGAACAUAAAGUCCGCGAGGAACAACUGCGCCGAUUACUCAGUCACCAGAAACACGAGCUUACAGAUGAAGAUAUCGAGGUCCUAGUUCAUGUCAUAGAUGACAUCACAGCCCUCGCAAAGGAUGCCGCCAUGGGCCCGCUCCGCAACCUAGGUGAAGCACUACUGCACACGCCCAUGGACCAGAUCCGGCCGAUCCGCUUCCAGGACUUUGAGGCGAGUCUGUAUUCCAUCCGGCCGAGCGUCAGCAAGGACGGACUUAAGGAGUAUGAGGAGUGGGCGCGCCAGUAUGGUGAACGGGGGGGUUGAAACUUGCAGAGGCUUGUUCAAGCCACUUCUCUUGCAUUGUAUCAUUGCGUGUAUCAUUGGCGGUUUAGUUGUAAAGAAAUAAUUUAUUCAAC